AUGGCUGACAUCAUUCUCGCCUCUCUCAACACCGUCGGACUCAUUUUCGGAGGAUGUUGCUCAAAUGUCUUUACACUGGAGAAGAUCAUCAAAACUGAACCCGAUAGCGGUCUCCUAAUUACCCUCUCCCAAUUCAUCUUCACCGCCCUCCUAGCCUCCUUCUCCCAACUCACACCUACUUUGACUCUCAAGACUCCAGCGGUACCCAUGCGUAAAUGGGGCUAUAUCGCCUUGAUGUUUUUCGCCGUCAACAUGCUCAACAAUUGGGCCUUUGCAUUCAAUAUCUCCGUGCCUGUGCAUAUUAUUCUGCGCUCGUUUGGCAGUGUGACGACCAUGGCGGCGGGUGCAUUGCAGGGGAAAAGGUAUUCUGCGUUGCAGGUGGGGAGUGUGGUGAUACUCACGCUGGGGGUGUUGGUGAGCGCGUUUGCGGACGCGGGGAGUAAAGAAAGAAGAGCCACUGAUACUGACACCUCUCAGGGCAAAUCCGUGGAAACAAGCACCGGAGAUCUCGGCUCCGGCUUACUUAUUCUCCUGGCCGCUCAAGUGCUUUCCGCAUACAUGGGCGUCUACGUCCAAGACACCUACGCAACCCACGGCUCCCACUGGCGCGAAAACCUCUUCUACUCACACUUCCUCUCCCUGCCCUUAUUCCUACCCCUCACAUCCAUCCUCCGUCGUCAAUACACCGCCUUAUCCUCUACUCCCCCCCUCUCUGUCCCCGACUCCCUCCCAGUCCUGAAAUCAGCAAAUCUUACCCAGGGCAUCGCCUUCUUACUCCUCAACUCUGCAACGCAAAUCGCAUGUAUCACUGGCGUUAACCUGCUAUCAGCACAGGCAUCAGCGGUUACAGUCACCAUCGUGUUGAAUGUGAGAAAGCUUGUGAGUUUUGUGGCGAGCACGGUGCUUUUCGGACAUAGAUUGAGUGGGAUGAUGUGUGCAGGUGCGGCACUGGUGUUUGGGGCUGGUGCGCUGUAUGGGUGGGAGACUAGUUGGAGGAUUCCGAUGACGAGGAAGAAGGAGCAGAAGGGAGAAAAUGAGAAGAAGGCGCAGUGA